AGCAACUCACAAUUUAGCGUUUGGGCGAGGGCUAGAUUGACACAAGAACAAAAAAAAUAAAAUAAAAUAAAAAAUCAUGCAUUGAAAAAGUACUUCUGGAUAAAUUCUUAAACAAUUUAGGAUCUUAAGGGAUUCAUCAUCUCCUGGAAUCUAUCUGAAUCCUUGACGGGAAUGUCUUUGCAAAUUCUUAUUCUUUAGAAUGUUCCGGCGAUGAUCCAUCCGACCUGCCUGCUAUAGUCUGUCGCCAUCGCCCACGCUGAUUCACAGUUUCCCAACCUGCGAUUUGGAUUUCCUUAGGGUAGAUGUUCUAUUUCCAUUUAAUCUGCGCGAGUGUCUGCUUCCCGAAGGACCGUUAUGAUAAUCCGGCGAAUUUGCGCGCGUUUCUUGCCAAUCGCAACCACUUCUCCUUCAUUCUGCCGGCAUAACCCCUGCCGUCGCGAGAUUCCGGCCAGUCGUUGUUUAAUAAUGGCUGCCCCACCGUCGCCCUCUUUCGCCUCGGGUACUAGAUGGGGUUCCAGUAGCUUUUAUGUUCGGAUGCAUUCUCUUGAUGUUAGUGGUAGGGGCUGUGGGUAUGAUAAUGGAUCUGCUGCUCUCGUGCUCAGGGGUUGUUGCCAUGGAAACAGGUCGAAUUCUUACCGCAAAUGGCCUGCCAAUCUCAAUUUUUGUGCUGCCACCAGAAGUAGUAGUAGUAGUAGUAGUAGUAGUAUGGAAGGGAAUAACGAUGGUUUCCCAAGGCCACAGGCGGUUUCUCCCUGUUUGCCUCAUUUGCUCUGCGAUCCAGAGGAGAUUCGGCUGGGGGGCGAGGAUGAGGUUCCAAGAUUUUCCGUUAACAAUGAUAAAGCUUCUCGCCGAGGAGGAGAAAGUUCGCUUGGAUUCUCCGACCGAUACUUGUCCAAAAAGUUUGAAGUUGCUGUUGAUAUAGAUGAGGUGCUCGGAAACUUUGUAUCAGCUCUCAACCAGUUUAUUGCUGACCGCUACUCAUUGAAUCAUUCAGUUUCUGAAUAUCAUGUAUAUGAGUUCUUCAAGAUAUGGAAUUGCUCCAGGGAUGAAGCUGAUAUUCGUGUUCAUGAAUUCUUCAAGACUUCUUAUUUCAAAACGGGAAUACAUCCAAUUCCUGGGGCUAGGCAAGCUCUGCAAAAGCUGCACAGAUUCUGCAACUAUUCAAUAGUCCCGACAAAAUGCAAUUAAAGACCACACUAUUGGGUGGAUCGAGAAGCAUUAUCCCGGUCUUUUCGAGAAUGUUCACUUUGGAAAUCAUUUUGCUUUAAACGGAAAAUCCAUACCCAAAUCAAAAAUUUGCAGGUCUGUUGGAGCAAAAGUUUUGAUUGACGACAAUCCACGAUAUGCUAUAGAGUGUGCUGAUGUUGGGAUAAAGGUUCUUCUCUUUGAUUAUGAAAACUCUUAUCCAUGGUGCAAGACAGAAGUAGUUGAAGGGCACCCCUUAGUUACAAAAGUCCAUAAUUGGGAAGAAGUGGAGCAACAUUUAGAAUCAUGGAUUUUUCCUGAGAUCACUGCAAAGUAGUAGGUUCAGGAGAUUCGUGUAAAUUCUUGCUGUUCUUUUUUUUUUCUUUUACAAGACCCAUUCAGGAUGGACCCACUUUAUUUGCUAAUUUUAAAAAGAUGUACUUUUACUGUAUUUUUUUUAAGAAUAUGGAGUGGAGUUUAUGUGAUAAAUUUGAUUAAUCAAAAUUAGUUUGGUCAAUAAAUGGAUACAAUUGUA